GACCGGGGACGUGGCUGCUGCCGGGUCUCAGGGUACGGAACGGGGUGCCCGCAGCGAACGAAGGGCCCGUGAAAGCGCCCGGGGGGACCCGCAGCUCAUUGUUAUUCAUACCCACAAAGCCCCGCGGGGGCGGCCGCGCGCUGAGCCCGCCAUGGCCUAUCACCAGGGCUACGGGGGGCAAGGCUCCAAGCACCGAGGCCGGGGCCCCCUGGUCCCUCCUGCCCCGGACCCCCACCAGCUCUUCGAUGACACCAGUGCUGGUUUCCAACAUGCACAAGGCACCCCUGCCUCAGGAAUCGACAUGGGCUUCAACACCCUCCUGGCUGACCCAAUGGCUAACGUGGCCGUGGCCUAUGGCUCCUCCAUCGCCAGCCAGAGCAAGGACAUUGUCCACAAGGAGAUCCACAGGUUCAUGUCAGUGAACAGGCUCAAAUAUUUUUUCGCCGUGGACACUGCCUACGUGACCAAGAAGCUGGCGCUGCUGCUCUUCCCGUAUGCACACCAGAACUGGGAGGUUCGGUAUAGCAGGGACACACCCCUGACGCCCCGGCAGGACAUCAAUGCGCCGGACCUGUACAUCCCCAGCAUGGCCUUUAUCACCUACAUCCUGUUGGCCGGCAUAGCCCUGGGCCUGCAGCAAAGGUUCUCCCCGGAGGUGUUGGGCAUGUGUGCCAGCACUGCCUUUGUGUGGGUAGUUAUUGAAGUCCUCGCCCUGCUCCUGAGUCUGUACCUAGUGACAGUGCAGAGCGACCUCACGCCCUUCGACCUGCUCGCCUACAGUGGGUACAAAUACGUGGGGAUGAUCCUGGCUGUGCUGGGGGGGCUGCUCUUUGGCAGUGAUGGGUACUACGUGGCCCUUGCCUGGACAUCCUGUGCCCUCAUGUACUUCCUGGCACGAUCCCUGCGAAUGAAGCUGCACCCGUCCCUGGUGCCAGAUGGGAUGGGGCAUCCCAGGGGCGGUGGGCGUGGUCAGACCUAUGUCACCCUGGGGGCUGCUGCCUGCCAGCCACUCAUCGUCUACUGGCUCACCUUCCACCUGGUCCGCUGAGAUGGGGCAGCGUAGCGCCCUGGGGGACAGUCCGUCCCAGACACAUGGACUCCUGGGACGCCCCCAGACAUACAGGCACCCAGGACACACAUCCUCCAAUGCACAGCUGCCGGGAACCAUACACAACCUGAAGCAUGGACACCUCAGACCCCCAUGUGGGGGCUGGCAGCCAGGACUCCUGGGUUCUAUCCCCAACUGGCUGGGUGACCUGAGGUGUGUCCCUUCUCCUGCCUAUGCCUCAGUUUCACCCUCACUUUGAAGGAGGGAUGAUAACACUAACCUGCCCUCUGGGACUUGCCUAGCCACAUCACCUCAGGUGCAGGGCCCUACCCCCCACCUCCCAUCUGCUGGUGGGUAUCUGGUCCCCCAGUCCCCUGGGAUGGAAAGUACCCCCAAAAAACAGUGUUUCUAGCAUAUCAGUGUUUUCCUGGAGAACUCCAUCAAAACCCAACACUUGGGGAGAGGGAAUAAAGAGUCCUGACUAA